AACUGUGAAAUUAAAUACUGUACCAUUUCGAGUUUCACGAUUAGGUAAAUGAUCACAGUCCUCUUAAAUUUCUCUGGUCUUUUUUUGCACCUUUUCAGCUGAUUCUUAAUUUUGCCAACCAUGGAACAGAACAAUGGCACUGAAGUAGCUGGAUUCAUUCUCCUGGGAUUCACUGGUCAACACAAGUCUUGGUGUGUCCUCUUCACAAUAUUUCUAAUGAUCUAUAUGGUCACCGUGGUGGGUAACAUUGGCAUGAUCCUCCUCAUCAAGAUUGACUCUUCCCUUCACACCCCCAUGUACUUUUUCCUCCAAAAUUUGGCUUUCGUUGAUCUCUGCUACACCUCUGCCAUCACCCCUAAGAUGUUGCAAAACCUUGUAGGAACAGAACAAUCCAUCUCAUUCAUAGGCUGUGUGGUGCAAUUACUAGUCUAUGGGGCUUUUAUAACAAGUGAUUGCUACAUCCUGGCUGCUAUGGCAGUGGACCGUUACGUGGCCAUCUGUAACCCUCUCCACUAUCCAACAGUCAUGUCCCGGAGGGCCUGCAUUCACCUGUUAGUUGGAUCAUACUUCAUAGGUUUCCUAAAUGCCUCUGUAAAUGUAAGUUUUAUUUUCUCACUGAGCUUUUGCAAAUCCAAUAAAAUUAAUCACUUUUUCUGUGAUGCACCCCCAAUUCUGGCCCUCUCAUGCUCUGAUAUUUACUUCAGCAACAUGAUGCUAACAGUCCUUGUGGGGUUUAACAUGACAUUCACUGUGUCAGUCGUCAUCUUUUCCUACAUGUUUAUCCUGAUCGCCAUCCUGAAGAUCUCUUCUGCUGCAGGGAGGAAGAAAGCCUUCUCGACGUGCGCCUCCCACCUGACAGCUGUCACCAUUUUCUAUGGGACGCUCUCUUACAUGUAUCUGCACCAUCGUGCAACAGGGUCUCAAGAGCAAGGAAAAAUGGCUUCUGUGUUUUAUGGGGUUAUGGUCCCCAUGUUAAACCCCCUCAUCUACAGCCUGAGGAACCAAGAUGUGAGAGAAGCUCUGAAAGGAGUUGGAAAGAAGUGUUUCUGGUUUUAA